AUGCGCUUAUUGUCACAACCAAUUGGCAAGCCACCAGUUAUUGUGGAAAAAAUUGUAUCAAAUUGGUGGAAAGUUUGUAUUCUCAGUGAACUAUUAGCUGUAGUAUAUAUGUGUAUUGUUAUACAACCGGAAUACAAUGAACAUACGAAGAUUUCCGAGAAUGCAUUGCUUCCAGCGCUUGUUACUGAACGAUUCAGUUAUUAUCAACGAAUUUCGACUUUCCUGAAAGAGCUUCAUACUGAGAGCGAUAUUUCCAAUUAUGUUGAAAAACAGUUCUUGGCUCAUGGUGUUAUGACUCAAACGAUGCGCUUUACAGUAACUCUUCCAGGCUUUAAUGAAAAUGGAACGAAUGUUGUAGGCGUUGUUCGUGCUAGCCGUUCAUCAUCGACUGAAGCAAUGCUUGUGGCCGUGUCAAUGACCAAAACAAAUUUGGAAGCGUUGGCUGUAGUGUUAGCUUUGGCAACUUAUUGUCGAGAACAGAUAUAUUGGGCUCGCGAUAUUCAAUUCGUUUUCGUAGACAAUGGCCUGAUCGGGCUAACAGCAUAUCUAGCUCAAUAUCACGAUCAUCAUCAUUCAUUCUUGCAAUCCGACAAAUUGCAUUUUCAUAGUGGUGCGAUCGUUGGUGCUUUUGCAGUGAAAGUGAAAGGUUCAGCAUUUGACACGAUGAACAUUGAGCACAAUAUGAUUAAUGGUUUAUUACCAAAUUUGGAUUUAAUCAAUUUGAUGGCAAAAUUGGCGGAUAAAUUUGGUCUAAUUCCCGAAGUUUUUCAUCAUGGAUAUCAAGAAUCAUGGUGGGAUAUAGCUGGAACAACUAGUAAAGCUAUGCUCAACCAGGCCUUCAAUGAGAAAGAAGGCUUGCACAGUAUUUUUGGACCAUACGGCAUACAAGCAGUGACUAUACAUGCUAAAAGUGUUAUGGAAGGACAUGCAUCGUUAACAGAUUUGGGUCGAAUAUGCGAAGGAGCAUUGCGAGGCGAUGAAUGUAUGAGUAUCACCUCUAAAACUGCUACCUUAGAAUCAGUUUUAGAGUUUUGGAUUUUUGCAGAUCUCUGA